UUGGUCCCCAUAAUGCAUUGCGCUGAACGAUUACGCACACUGGAGCGCGCUUCGCCCGGCCUCGCUACCCGUACUGUCGUUUACAAGCCCUGCAAAUCCAUACGGAUCAUACCGAGAAAACGCGAGCACACACAGCCAGUGCCUUCUCUCAGUAUGGAAUACACCCCGAAGAAAGACGCGGAGAGCACAUGUGUGCUGUGCUGCCAGGACAUCGACAUGUUCGCGGUGGGGAAAUGCGAUCACCCGGUGUGUUACCGCUGCUCCACCAAGAUGCGGGUGCUGUGCGAGCAGAAAUACUGCGCCGUCUGCCGGGAGCAGCUAGACAAGGUGGUCUUCAUAAAGAAACCUGAACCCUUUGCCGCUCUUCACAUUCAUCAAUAUCAGUGUGAGAAGAAGUAUGACAUAUAUUUUGCAGAUGGAAAGAUGUAUGCACAGUUCAGGAAGACUUUGUUACAUGAAUGUCCACAAUGCCCAGAACCAAAAGUGUUCUCCAAAUUUGAAGAAUUAGAGCAACAUAUGCGAAAACAACAUGAACUCUUCUGCUGCAAGUUAUGUGCAAAGCACCUGAAGAUAUUCUCGUACGAGCGGAAAUGGUACAAUCGGAAAGACCUGGCUCGUCAUCGAACCCAAGGGGACCCGGAUGAUACUUCACAUCGUGGGCAUCCGCUUUGUAAAUUCUGCGACGAUCGAUACCUGGACAACGAUGAGCUGUUGAAGCACCUGCGGCGAGAUCAUUACUUCUGCCAUUUCUGUGAUGCAGAUGGAGCUCAGGAGUAUUACAGUGACUACCAGUACCUCAGCGAGCACUUCAGAGAGAGCCAUUAUCUCUGUGUGGAGGGCCGCUGCAGUACAGAGCAGUUCACUCACGCAUUCCGCACAGAGAUUGACUAUAAGGCUCACAAAGCUGCUGCCCACAGCAAAAACCGGGCUGAGGCACGGCAGAAUCGCCAAAUCGACAUUCAGUUCAACUAUGCACACAGACAGCAACGAAGAAAUGACGGUCUAAUAGUUGGUGGCGAUGACUAUGGGGAAGUGGAUCGCUUCAACAGACAGGGAAGACCAGGAAGAGGACGAGCUCCUGGAGGACAGCAGAAUGUCAGGAGCUGGAGAUAUAAUCGCGAGGAAGAGGACCGAGAAAUGGCUGCUGCUUUGCGAGCCUCGAUGGCCAGCCACCAGGAAGAGAGAAGCCAUGUGCAAGAGAGGAGUAUUCAGAAGCCACGCAAAGAAGAAAAGAUGGAGCCUGAUGACAUAAGAAACAGCAGAGGCACUGCCAAGCAGACGAACGAAAUGCAAGCUCGAUCAGUGAAGAGUAAUGCCUCUUUGGCUGGUCAGGACUUUCCAGUUUUAGGGGCAGCUGCACCUCCAGCCCCUAUUCAAUGCAAGAUCAAACAAACUUCUGUCUCUCUGAAGGAAGAUGAUUUCCCAAGCUUGUCUUGCUCAGUUGUUUCCGCUCCAAUGACACCUGCAUACACAAGUCAACCCAAGAAACAUUCGUCCUUCCAGGAGGAGGACUUUCCUGCACUGGUCUCCAAGAUCAAACCACUGAAGCCUCAAUCAAACACCACAUCAGCCUGGUCUCAAGCCGGAAGCAAACCUGUGGUGGUUUCCAAUAAACCUGUGGUUCUGCCCACCAAAACAGCUCCUACGGUGUCUUCAUCCAUACUGUCCGCCAGUGACCCGCUGCCCAGUGGAAGUGUGCCUCAGCCUCUCACUGCCUCCUCAUCUCGCCGCAAAAAGAAGCUCACCUCCACUGAAACCCACAAAGCUCCACCUAAAAUCAAAUGUCCGUCCUCAUCGGAUGACGAGGACCCCCAGACCGGUAAAACAGCUCAGGAGAUCCGCACGGUACCGACUAUGCUUGACAUCUCCACUUUGUUGACGGUAAAAGGUGGCUCAUCUCAGCCCAACGCCAAAAACAAUAAGAAAAAGAAGCAUGCCACAACUUCAUCUCUGGAUUCUCCCUCACACACUCCCGAGUCCGUGUCCAAAAUGGCUCACAAAGAGAACGUUCCUGAGACAAAGCCACCAGACAACAGUCUCCCCUCCAAAACAAACUCUUUUAUUAAUGGACUCACAGAGAAGCCAGCAGAAGCACUGUCCUGUACAUCAUUUCCUGAAAAUAUCCCUUCCUCUCGAAAGCAGCCGAUAACCGACCAACCUCCUCCACCCAAGGAGGAGGAAUUUCCUGCUCUUAUCUCCAGAAAACCUCCACCUGGCUUUAAAAGUGCAUUUCCAUUGAAGAGCACUCAGAGUGUGCUGCCGCCUCCUCCUCCUGGCCUUGGGCCUGUUGUCAGCAAACCUCCCCCAGGAUUCACUGGCGUCCCGCUCAACAGUAAUGUAGUGGAAUCAUCAAUGCCUGCUGUUAAUAGAGUGACACCUGCUAUUGGAGCCUACCUCAUACCUGAACAUUUCCAGCAGAGAAACAUGGACCUUAUUCAGUCUAUUAAGAAUUUCCUUCAAAAUGAUGAAACCAAGUUCAAUGAGUUCAAAAACUAUUCAGGCCAAUUUAGACAGGGUAUAAUACCUGCUGUCCAGUACUACAAAAGCUGCCAGGAGCUGUUGGGAGAGAAUUUCAACAGGGUCUUCAACGAGCUGCUGGUUCUCCUACCAGACACUCGCAAGCAACAGGAGCUUCUCACUGCCCACGGAGACUUUAAGGCACUUGAGAAACAGCAGCAAGGCUCCAAGGCCAAAAAAAACAAAAAGAAAGCCUGGCAGACAGGCACCACCAGCAACAGCCUGGAGCUGGACUGCCAAGUGUGUCCCACCUGUAAGCAGGUGCUGGCUCUGAAAGACUUCAACACCCAUAAAACCCUACACAUCGGCGAUGAUGACUUCCCCUCUUUACAGGCCAUAAGCAAGAUUAUCAGCUAGCUGCCAGCAGACGCACAUCCACGGCUCUCUUGUGACACAGGAAAGAUGCUUGAAAGGAUGAGGGCUUGUCUGAGCAGCAGUGGUAAUGUUUACUCCGAUUGUUCCGGUUCGGAAAGUUUUGACAACCUUUUUUCAAAGGGGAAAGAUCAAUCCUAAAAGGUGCAAGAAGAACUGUUGCGGUUUUGAAGAGAACCAGGUUUAAUCGACUUGAAAGCUUAAGUUCUAACAUUGAUUCAUUUAUUACUCCUCCAGUUCAUAUUUUCAUCAGGUUUUUCCAGUGCUGUUAGCAUGGUCAUUUGUUUUUUUUUAAUUAAAUUGUAAGGUUGGCUGCCUUUGGAAAAAUAACCUAUUUAUUUCAGAAUGCUCCUGCCGUUUAAUUGAAUU